AUGCAAGUGUCGACGCAUCCUCCUUCGAACGAGCAGAAACACACCGAGGGACAAGGUCAUGAUGAUGAUGAUGACCAAGGCGGAGCCGACGUUGACGAGACCUUCGACCGCGGCGGGACUCGUUCCACCUGCUCCUAUCCCGAGACCCAUACCAAGUCCCGAUCCGGCAGACUUGUCCAAGUCGCUCGCGCCUACACCGACAUUGGUCUUGUCCGAUGCAUCGGUCUUGGGACCCGUCCCUCCUUCUUCAAGUCGAACGCCAUUAGAUCCAGUAACCGCGGUUCCAUCAAUCUUGGUCUCCCCCACAACAGCCUCGACCUCAUCUCCGACCUUGGAAGGGACUCGAGCGCUCGAUCCCGCCGCACCGAGGAGGUUGACAUCGAGGAAACGCAACAACAUGUCGUGCGCGGCCAAGGGUUGGUCGUAAGGGACCAUGUGGGACGCAUCGGUGAUCUUGACGUAGGUCAGACCGCGUGCGGUCGUCCAUUGCCCCGCGGGUUUGCCGUUCACGGACCAAUCUUUGGCUUUCUCGGUCUGCAGGAAGCAUUCGGCAAGCGCUUGUUCAGUCAGGAAAUCCACACGCAACUUGGUUGUGCGAGAUGA